UGAGGUAAUUUGUUCAUAUUCAUAAAAUCAUAAAAUCUUUCAGUCCGGUGUUUGAUGAGAUGCCCAUCCGAGGCCUGCGUUAUCUCUCCCAGUCCACGGACUCCCUCAACAGAACCAACCAGGUCACAGAGUCAAUGGAAUCUCUCACUGAUGAAGGUACGGAAAUGAUGGACGGGCCGCUGAUGGGUGAGUUUGAGGGCGAAGUCAAGGAUCUGGAAGCUGAUUCGUGGAGUCUGUGUGUGGAGCAGCAGUACCUGCAGAUCCUGGACAGGGAGGUGGUGAAGAGACAAGACGUCAUCUACG